AUGAAUGGUGCAAGUGCACAUGUCAUUUUGUGUGAACCUGAAUUUUAUUGUUCUUUUGUUAAUUAAUAAUGGAAAAUAAUGAGAGGAAAAAAAAGCAAUCACGAAUGUGUAGCAAACAAUAUCGUGAGGUGAAAUCCGUACGCGCUGAAUUAAAUAGAAUGCAAUAUGUUCAAGAGCAAGUUAUGGAUAUUGACAAUUUAGUUCACUCAAAUCACUCAUCUUCUUUAUCAGAAGCUGGAGUGGGAUUACAAAUAGCGACAGCGAUACGAAGAUUUCACUACGUAGCGAUUCCAAGCUACAUUCACUUUAAAAAAUUUUCUUGCUAUCGGGUGACUAAAAAAAGGUAUCAUCUUGAUAGAUUUAGAAUCAAGAAUGUAUCAAAUUCAUAAGGAUUUCCCACGAUGAAGAAAUGAAGCAAUUAAAAGAAAUAUCUAA